AUGAAUACAAAACCAUCUUCAAACACAACCGAAUCUCGCAUUCUUCCGACAAAAGUUGACCCUGUAAAAUGGCUAGCCUGGUCAGACUGGACCCCCUGUUCAACUUCCUGUGGAGAUGGGGCGAUGCUGCGGACCCGGUCGUGUGCCAUUAACAUCGGUUGUGAGGGUAUCGAUCACGAAUAUGUUAGCUGUUAUAAUCCGCCAUGCACAGAGUCAAAGCCAUAUCACGACGCAAAAUUCAUGGCAAUUGGUGUUGUGGUCCUCAUAAACAUAUCCAUGUUAUGCUGCAUCACCAUCCCUUACUUCAAACGUAGAAAAGUCAAUCAACCAUCUCUAUACCAGCCGCCACCAAAUCAACAAACCCAGCAGCAACUGCCGUCAAUUACGUUACCACAAGAAUUAUACCGACAACACGAGCCCGGUUCUCAUUACUCGCAAUACCGAAAUGAGUCCAACCCUCAUGAUACCGACUCCUCGAUGAGUAAACUCGAUUACGACUAUGUAGCUAGCCCGUACGUUAAAACAUCAGAUGAUAAAACAACUCAACAGUCGGUGAAGAAUUUAAAAACCGAUUCAUUACGCGAUAAUACCGACAUAAUCGAUUCAAAAAAUACCGAUAAGUCGCUUGAUCAAAACCUUUCACCAAGAAUCGUUCAUUCAAAUCCGGAUAAGUUAGGAACCGAUAUAAAACAGCAGAAAGUUACACAAGCAAAUUCGAGUCCAGCUAUUUUACAUAAAACAAUCAUGCAAACUGAUAAAAAAUCACUGGUACAACAUAGUUCAAAACCGGAUAUAAACGAACAUUUGGAAUUGCUAUCUCUGAAUUUAAUUUCAACUUCUCAAAAUGAGCAAACAACCGAAGAUUGCAAUCGACAACAUCCAUUUGAAAUGGGUGAUUCCAUACAAAUAAUCAAUCCUGCAAUUUUGCCAGUCGACAAAACUUCAGCCAAUCAGAAACAAACUUUGUCGGGUUUAGAUGGGCAAGCGUUUUAUCGGUACCGACCAUCGAAUAUUGAGGCAAUCAAUCCUUACCGGUAUAGACCGUCCAUUAAUGACAACCAGCACUGCAAUGCAACGGAGUACAGAAUGACAAAACUGUCAGAAGAUAGCGCACUACAAAUGUACAGACCGUCCCUGAGAGAAUUUGAGAAAAUAAAUUACAGAACGGAUCAAUUAGGCUCCUUACAGUAUCCUUCAGAAAUAUAUCGACCCGAUCUCAAUCAAAAAGUUUGUGAUUACGUAUACAGACCUCCAGAACAUGUCGGUAUUUCGUCUCAGGAUCGAAUAUCGUCUCGGUACCGACCAAGUAUAAACGAUAUUUACAACAAAAUCAAGCCGGAUGGUAAACAUGACACGUCGCCAUUACUAAAAUUAAAUUCUUCUGUGUUAGAUUCAAGCGUCCUAAUCAGCGGUGGAAUGGUUGAGUCCCACGGUUCAUCCGGUGACGUCCUUUCCAAUGAUGUGCUGAAAUUCAACAUAUCCCAUCUUUUCCUGUCGAAACUUGAAAGUUUGAAAGAGAGGAUGGUUGUCUCGAAGGACCAAUCGGAUGAAACGAAAUUUGAACAGCCCUCAAAGAGUGAUGAACCCGACGAACCGAGUAAUUUCAAUGACACCGAUGCAAGAAUUAACAUAAUUGAAAAUCGUGAAGAAAGUGCCAAACAUAGACGCAGUAGUCUGCCGCACUUUCGUCAAAAAUUUUUUAAAGUCUUUUCAAAACAUUUUACAAGAGAUGUCAGACGCACACAGAACACUUCAUCAACCGAUACGUCCAGUGUCGAAACGAUUCAGUCAGUUAUAGCGGACAAUUAUGUCGACAAAGUUCGAAAACCAUCCAAUCCAACAUUUACGUUAACUCCAACCGAACCUAUAGUUCAACGGAUGGCUUCUGAGUCGAACGAUCGAGUUACCGAGUUGAACCAAGCUUCGAUUGUUUUACCGAUAAGAAGAGCUGGGAAUCGAUCACCUGAUAAUAGAAUAACCGAUUCCAAACCGAUCGAAUCACCGUCCUACGCAAAUAAACUGAGGCCAAAAAAUGUGAGUUUCGCGAAGUCAUCUCAAAUUAAGUACAUCCCUAAAGAGCCGAGUGUUAGUGGAAGUUCGUGUAGCAACACGUGUUUGUUCUACAACCCCAAUCAGAUGGUCGGCACGCCAGACAACGACGACGACAACGAUAGCAACUCUAACUUCUUUCCUUAUCCAAGAAAACCGGUUGAUGUUCCCAGUGAUGGUCGGUUCGAUGAUGACCCGACUGGCGAUCAAGUAGAUAAAAUGGACCACGAAGAUAAAAAUGACGAUGAUGACAAACGCGACGAUAACAACGCUGAUGAUAGUGAUGGUGGUUCAGUGAACACAAGUAGUUCUAAUAAAAAUAAGACAAGUGAUCUGUGUUUGACAGCGAGCGAAGAGCAGAAUGAAAAUAAGAAAAAGAAUUUGUACAACCAGUUCAUUCAGAAGUUUCGAUAUAAACCAACCACCCCUGCAAACGUAAAAAAUUUGAAUGUCACAACCAGCAGUGAAAACGGAGCAAACAGAAACAACUUUAAUAAGUUUAAAACCAUCGAGGCUGAUGUACCGAAGCCGAAAAGAGAUUCGAAACGCAUCAAUUUCGUCGGUAUAUUCAAGAGGCACAUCCAUUUUAAAAAAGUCGAACUAUCAAAACCAUCUUGCUCUGACGAUACUGAAACUGUUUCACUUGUUGGCGUUCACCAAAAUCUAAAAAAAUCGGAAACUAUCAACCAAUCGCGUCCAUUCUACAACACAUUUGAAACUAACAUUCAGACGGGAUGUACCGAAACUUUACCGCUAGAAAACCGAAACGUUGCCGGUAUUAUUCAAACACCCAACAACAAAAACAACAAUCGGAUCAACACAUGCACGCCUUCAACAAACAACCCUUCAACUCCAAUCUCCAGCUAUUUGCAACCUUCCCGUUAUUCAGAAAAAAAUAAAGCGUUACAAUACGAUAUGACGUCACCGAUUACGUCAGAGAUAACCACACCCCCCUCCGUGCAAAGCACAUUCCUACUGAUGGCCCCGGAUAGUAGUGAUGAUCACCAACUGAACAGUGACGAUAACAAAACUCGCGACUCGAACUUUAGAACCGUCGGCAUCGAUAAUAGUAAAAUCGGAACCGGUAUAGAUGAGGAACCGAGACGAAACCGGCCGAUCGGUCGAAACAACGUCGGUAAGAUUCGAAUGAGCGAGGAAGAGAUCGAGGUAAUAAGAUCAAGAAGGAAAUUUUUAGAAGGCUCAUCAUCGUCAACACCAUCAUCAUCAUCGUCGUCGUCAUCAUCAUCCUCAUUGUUCUAUGUUGAAUCGUCUUUAACCUCUAGAAAACAAUUGUAA